GCAUGACUGGAAGUCCUAAACCCAAACAAAAACCCGCCAUCGUUCACAAUUUUCUUCCAUAAAAAAACUAUAAAACAAACCCUAAUUUGAAAACUUCCGUCCCCAAAUUCCAAUUUCCCCGCCAAGAGACGUCGAAGAAUUUGAGGCAGCAACCCAAGAAACCCUUAAUAAGAUUCGAUUUUUCGUCUUCUGUAUAAUACAUUUUGAACAAUCGCCGGUCCAAAAUACAGGGAAUGGAAGAACAAGGUGGAUCUGAAGAUAACGAGCCUGUGGAUCUUUCCAUUCACCCCUCUGGCAUUGUUCCCACUAUUCAUAAUAUUGUAUCUACGGCUUUUUUGGGUUGCAAGCUGGAUCUCAAGCAAAUUGUGUUGCAAGCUCGGAAUGCAGAGUACAAUCCCAAGCGUUUUGCCGCAGUCAUUAUGAGAAUAACGGAACCAAAAACUACAGCUUUGAUAUUUGCCUCUGGAAAUAUGGUAUGCACAGGUGCGAAAAGUGAAGAGCAGUCAAAACUGGCAGCAAGGAAGUAUGCUCGAAUCAUCCAAAAGCUUGGGUUUGCUGUUAAGUUUCAGAGAUUCGAGAUUAGAAAUAUUGUUGCAUCCUGUGAUGUUAAAUUCCCAAUAAGACUUGAGGGCCUUGCAUACUCCCAUGGUGCCUUUUCAAGUUAUGAGCCAGAAAUUUUCCCAGGGCUGAUAUAUCGCAUGAAGAUGGAGCAGAAGGAACCACAGGAGUCGGAGGUGCCAAAGAAGAAGAAGAAUGUUGUUCUUCUUAUAUUUGUGUCGGGGAAAAUUGUUAUUACCGGUGCAAAGGUGAGAGAGGACACGUAUAAGGCGUUUGAGAACAUGUACCCUGUCCUUACAGAGUUCAGGAAGGUCCAGCAACAGUAAUGGUGCGCCUUCUUUAGCUUCCUCACUCACAAACACCAAAAAUAUAUAAAAUAAGUAAAAAUUGUGUUGCUUGAUGAAAUCUUAACUUUUGGAUGUUUCUAUAGCACCGUAUUGCUAAUUGCUUCCUCAUAUUUUCUUUCUUUUCUCUUUUCGUUCAUACUGCAUAUGUAAGCUGUUUCCAGUAGACACGUCUCGCAACGUAGCUCCGGUGCUGUUGGUUGGCAAUGUCUGCUGCAACAUUUUUGCUCAUCUCUGGUCAGUUGCUGAAAGGGUUAAUGGUUCGAUUUGGACCGGUUUCACCCGAAAUCAAACCAAACCAAUAUUCGGUAAUUUUGCGGAUUUGGCGGUUUAGGCGUACGCGUUUAAUUCUUAAAUUUUUUUGGCAACUUAGCACAAUUAUAGUCAUUACAAAGUUAUAUGAUCUUUUUUUCACAUUGUUCAAAUUAAUUGUAAUGUGAAAUGAAACAUAAUAGUUUUAUACUCGCAUGUUUUUGCAAUUUUCCUCUUA